AGCCCUCCUAACCGGCCAGCCCAUCCGUGGACAGCAUAUGGGCUGGGCUGGGCUGUGCACACGUUGAAUCGUUGCCAGCUAUAAGUAAGUGGAGAGGAGGCAACGAGGAGGGUAUCGAGUGGAUCACGAACGGCGGCGGCGGCUUCCUUUCCUUCUUCUUUCUCUCGCUCUCCAUUCCUGUACUCUAACCAGAGCUUGUAAUUCGCACUUGUAUCUCGAAUUCCCCUGUGCAUGUAAUAGAUCGAGAGAGUAUCUACCAGUACCCUAACAUCUGGUAUCAGAGCCAGGCCACCACCCUUUCACUCCUCAAUUUUCCCCAAUUUUUUUCGUCCACACCCGAUUCCUCCGUUCCACCGGGGACGACGCCAUGCCCGCCGUCAAACCAUCAGAGUGGGAUGCCAUGCCUGCCAAGGAGCAGUUGUUGUGGUAUCUGGAGAGGUUAUGUGCUCAGGCAGACGAGAUGAGCUCAGUGUUGGGUAUUGCACGAGUGGGUGACCCUCCCGUGGUCACCUCGCUUGUCGAUCCGGCGGCCUCAACCACGACGGACGCCUCACCUACACCCGUCCCCGACGUCUCCGGCUCCACCACCAAGCCCCAGGAAGUGCUCGAGGUCAUCCACGACGCGCCCCCUGCUUGCAUCGUGAUGGCGCACAUCACCUGUUCGACGGAUGGCCUGAACCAAGUUGUCGCCACCAAUAGCGUCGACAAGGUCACCAUCGUCUACCACGAGUCCGUCGUCGACCUCAGCGACAAGUUCGGCGCCCUCACCAUUCCUGUGAUGGCCAGCAUCAACCCGCUGCUCCACGUCUAG